GCCAUUUUCUUCUCCAUGCAUGUCACUCAAAUUUUCAUUUUUGCUAUUACUGCUAACGAAGUACAGCUACAAAGCAUCGCUGUGGCUACUAUGGCAUUUAAGUGUAAUUGGUAUGAAGAAUACAACAAGGAAAUUCGUCAGAUGAUAUUGAUGAUUAUUUUAAGAGCACAGAAACCAGCCGUACUGACCAUAGGACCUUAUAAACCCAUGACUACCCAAACUGCUGUCAUGGUUAUGAAAGCUGCUUAUUCUUAUGCAACUAUGAUGAUGCAUUCCUUUAAGUAAAAACUAAUUUAAAUACAAUUUUAAGUAAU